AUGGCUGGAAUAGCACUUGGUUACAACUAUUCUAUUGCUGAGUUCAUGACAUUAAGAAAUUCACAAAUGUCCGUUUUUAUGAAGCGCGAUGUUACUGACGAUGCAUCAAGAAGUGUAAUAAAUUGGCAGCAUAGUGAAUCUGAUGACCAACGACGCUCUUUUACCGACCAAGAACAAAGUGGACCCUCAGACAAUAGAUAUGCAGAUAGAUUUACUUCAAACAAACAACUGUAUAAAGUUGCUAUUAAAACAGAUGGAGAAAACAAAUAUGAAAGACUAGUAUUACCCAUAUUUACAAAAUCGUUGGAUACAGCAACGGCUCUAGUGAACUCCGUUUCAAAAGGGCAGGCAUUGGAAGAAUCCAAAGAAAAUAAAACAAUUGCAAAUGGACAAAAUGUAACAUUCUUAGCGGAUUAUGAUGAGUCUGAACUAAAAAAUUGGCGCAGAGUUGUACAAAAUAAUAAUAUUUAUUCUAUACCUGAAAGAUAUACCCUUGUAUCAUCAUCUCAAGAUGUAAACAAGUUACCAGAUGAUCGGAUAGACCAUAAGUCUUCAGUGCGGAAAGCCGCUAUAAGAAAUCAAGAGAGUGAGACUGAUUUUAAAACAACACUUCAGUUGCAUUUGAACACGCGUAGCAGACCAAACCGACGUAAGAUUUACACAAUGACAAGAACAAUAGCUACAUAUAUUGUACCAAAACCAACUUCCAAUUUGAACAAAACGUUUCAAGAUAAUGUAGUAGGUGUGACUGCAUAG